UUGAGCAGAAGCCAAGCCUGGCAUCGCUGGCGGCCAGCGGGAGCUGGGGCGAUGCUCUCCCAAGGCACCAUGUGGAGGACAUGGGCAGCUUCCCUUCUCUUCCUCUGGCUUCAUCUCCAGGCGGCAGGAUGUUUUUCAGGAGACAAUGGACACUUUUUGGCAGUUCAUCAGAGGAAGAAUUGGAAGCCAAUGUUCAUUUAUCAUCGCACACAAAGUAUUGAGAAAAGUUUGGAUACCAGUGAUCAGAAGUAUUAUGGAAAAAAUUACUUGCCUUCCCAUGUAAAAAUAGGCAAGUUGCACCCUGCAAUCAUAGUUAAAUCAGCAUUCUCCAGACCGGUUGACCCAAGUCUAAUCCUAGCUAUGACGGGGGAGCACCAGGAAGUGGAAAACCUGCCAAUCCCAACAGCUAAUGUGAUCACUAUGACUCUGCAAAUGGAUGUAAACAAGUUGAAUAUCACAUUGCUUCGGAUUUUCCGCCAAGGAGUGGCUGCUGCUUUAGGACUCUUGCCGCAGCAAGUACAUAUCAACCGACUGAUUGGCAAGAGGAACUGUGUUGAACUCUUCAUAUCUCCAGUUAGUAGUAAAGGAGUUUCUGAUACUAUCCCAUCCAAAGAAGUGCUACGAUCUCUUAAUAUCAAUGUCCUACGCCAAGGAUUAACUCAGUUUGGAAUUACAGAGAUAUCCCCAGAGUCAAAGAAAAAUGUUUUGCAAGGCAAACAUGAGUCGGAUAAACUCUGGAGUAAAGAAGGAUUUUAUGCUGUCAUAAUCUUUCUCAGCAUCUUUGUUGUUAUUGUGACAUGUCUGAUGGUUUUAUACCGAGUGAAAGAAAAAAUACAAUUUUCUGUGAGACAGGAUAAGAACAAAAAACAGGAAAUACACCUUUCUUCAGUCCCUCUACAAAGAACUCCAUCUGAAUAUAAGACAGCAAACAGAAUGGUCCAACCUGAACAGACCCAUAAAGUACUAAAUGUUGUAGUUGAUCCCCAUGGACAAUGUACCACUGAGAUCAAGCCUCCACUUUCUGCCAAUCCAUCACCUUUCAAAAUGAAACCAGUGGGGCUACAAGAAAGACGAGGAUCCAAUGUCUCACUCACCUUAGAUAUGAGCAUCUUAGGAUGUGCCGAACCUUUAAUAGCUGUGCCAACUCCAAGGGAAAAAGUAGCACUGGAGUAUCUACAGUCAGCUAGCAGAAUUUUGACCAAAGACCAAUUAAAAGAUGUAGUUGCAAGUUCUCAUUUACUUCAGACAGAAUUCAUGGAAAUUCCCAUGAAUUUUGUCAAUCCUAAAGAAAUAGACAUUCCUAGUUAUGGAACCAAAAAUCGUUAUAAAACCAUUCUUCCAAAUCCUGUAAGCAGGGUAUAUUUGAAACCAAGGAAUCCAGGGGAUGCUUUGAGCACCUACAUAAAUGCUAACUACAUCAGAGGUUAUGCUGGCAAGGAGAAGUCUUUCAUUGCAACUCAGGGUCCUAUGAUUAAUACUGUGAAUGAUUUCUGGUUGAUGGUAUGGCAAGAAGACAGUCCUGUUAUUGUUAUGAUCACAAAGCUGAAGGAGAAAAAUGAGAAAUGUGUGCUGUAUUGGCCAGAGAAGAGAGGAAUAUAUGGAAAAGUGGAAGUACUUGUUGACAAUGUGCAGGAAUGUGAGAAUUACACUAUCCGCAAUCUAACAUUAAAGCAAGGGAACCAGUCGAGGAAUGUCAAACAUUACUGGUACACUUCCUGGCCAGAUCACAAAACUCCAGUCAGUGCUCAACCUCUUCUACAACUCAUGUUGGAUGUAGAAGAGGACAAGAAGGCUUCAACUGGUAGAGGUCCUAUAAUUGUUCAUUGCAGCGCUGGAAUAGGAAGAACAGGGUGUUUCAUUGCUACUGCAAUUGGUUGCCAUCAGCUCAGGGAAGAAGGAGCUGUUGACGCAUUGAGUAUUGUCUGCCAACUGCGUUUGGACAGAGGUGGAAUGGUCCAAACAAGUGAACAGUAUGAAUUUGUUCAUCAUGCGUUGAAUCUGUAUGAAAGCAGGCUCUCUGCUGAAGCCGUCCAAUGAAGUCAAGAUGGAAAAAGUAAACAGGUCACUCUUUUUGGAGGUAAUUUAUUUCAUUACCUUCCAGCAACUUCUUCAAGGAGUUGUCAGCUGUAGAAGGAGAAGCAGAGCAUUCAACCUGUCAAAGGAAUGUGGAUCAUUUUUUUAAAAAAAGCAUUGAAGAUUGAUGGACUCUUGCAUUGAAUGUAUUGUGAGUUCCUGACACAGUUUUAAUGAAGGUUAAUAUGCUGAUGUUACAUUGAAUUUUUCACACAUAUACACACAUGUACACAUGUGUGUGUGUGCAUAUAUUAAGGAAGAUUUAUUUCUGUAUUAAUAGAAUAUGAAACACUGAAUGUAUGUAUGUAUGUAUAACAACUGGAUGUGAGAAAUUUCACGGAAGAAAUUUGUAUACAUGCUUCAAUGUUUGCAACGUCUGUCUUGUGAAUAGCCAGUCAGAUGUUCAAUUGUACCUGUUAAGUACUACUCCCUAUUAUGUAGUAAACUUAAUUUGGAGCUCCUUCGAUUCUUGGUGGUAAAAUCCGCAAGGGGGUGGUUUUGAGUACUAAUAUCCACAGCAUCAUACAAAGGAAAAAUAAAUAAAUUUGUGGGUUUUUAAAUGAAUAAAAAUCAAUAACUAUUUUAUAUGAUGACCCUAGUAAAUACUCAUAACUAUUUACUGCAAAUAGUGAAUAAUGUAAAACAUUGUGGAACACAAGGACCAUUUCCUGUGCAAAACCUAUCAGAAAAGAUGAAGUUUUUUUUUAAAAAAGGGAUGCAUUUUAGUGAAGAUCGCUGGGUUCUUUUGAACUUCUAAUUUCAAUGCAGCUAGGUCAAGAGAAAUCCCUAAUAAAUUGCAUCCAAUGUCAUUUUGCAAUAGUUUUGCAUUUAUUCAAUACCAUCUACUGUGUUAAAAACUUUUUUGCUCCAGGACAGAAUUCUGUGCAUGUGUAACUCAUUCAAGUUUUACAAAUAAACAGAAAAGGAUCUUUGUAACAUAUAUUUAUAUAGUAAAUUUUUAAAUAUUUCUUUGCAAUUUCUUUUUAACUUUAAAAAAGCUGUAUCCACAUGCGAGGUUGGAUGCCUGGAGAAACAAAAUCUUGAAAGCUUUGUUAAACAUAAGGCUUCUUUAUUUUUUUUCCCUUGCCUAUUUGUUACAGGAAAAAAGAGCUGGCAUUUCACCUUCAACAAACUCAAGGGUUUUCAGCACACAAUUUAUUCAUAGGUUUCUAAAGCAAAUGAUGUUACCUUUGCUUCA